UCGGCUCGCCAGGGUCGGAGGAAUUCACAUCCGCGAGCUGGUGUCGGCCACUGCGGCUCCCGGUCCGUGUCGGGCUGUGGCGAGGCGGCUCCGGCAAGCCUGCGGCGGCCGCGACCCCUCCAGCGCUCCGGAGCCCACGGCACGGUUCGCGUUUCGGCUGCAGCUCUCGCAUUCCUGCCCGCAUGGACGCGGCGCUGAAGCGGAGUCGCUCCGAGGAACCAGCCGAGUUCCCGCCGCCGGCCGGGGACGCAGAGGAGGAGGACGUGGAAGGGAUGGAGCAGGGACUGGAAGAGGAAGAGGAGGUGGACCCUCGGAUCCAGGGAGAACUGGAGAAGCUAAAUCAGUCCACGGAUGAUAUCAACAGACGGGAGACUGAACUUGAGGAUGCUCGACAAAAGUUCCGCUCUGUUCUGGUUGAAGCAACGGUGAAGCUGGAUGAACUGGUGAAGAAAAUAGGCAAAGCCGUGGAAGAUUCGAAGCCCUUCUGGGAGGCACGAAGGGUGGCGAGGCAGGCACAGCUGGAAGCUCAGAAAGCCACGCAAGACUUCCAGAGGGCCACUGAGGUGCUCCGGGCCGCCAAGGAGACCAUUUCCCUGGCCGAGCAACGGCUGCUGGAGGAUGACAAGCGGCAGUUUGACUCAGCCUGGCAGGAGAUGCUGAAUCACGCCACUCAAAGGGUCAUGGAGGCAGAACAGACCAAGACCAGGAGUGAGCUGGUGCAUAAGGAGACAGCGGCCAGGUACAACGCUGCCAUGGGCCGGAUGCGGCAGCUGGAGAAGAAGCUCAAGAGAGCCAUCAACAAGUCCAAGCCUUAUUUUGAACUCAAGGCGAAGUACUAUGUGCAGCUUGAGCAACUGAAGAAGACUGUGGAUGACCUGCAGGCCAAACUGGCCCUGGCCAAAGGCGAGUACAAGACAGCCCUGAAGAACCUGGAGAUGAUCUCAGACGAGAUCCAUGAAAGGCGGCGCUCCAGUGCCAUGGGGCCCCGGGGCUGUGGUGUUGGGGCCGAGGGCAGCAACAUGUCUGUGGAAGACCUGCCUGGAGGCAAGCCUGAGCUGGAUGCAGUUUCUGUUGCCUCAGAGGCCUUUGAAGAUGACAACUGCAGCAACUUCGUAUCUGAAGAUGACUCGGAAACCCAGUCUGUGUCCAGCUUUAGUUCUGGACCAACAAGCCCAUCUGAGAUGCCUGACCAAUUUCCUGUGGUUGUGAGGCCUGGCAGCCUGGACCUGCCCAGCCCUGUGUCUCUGUCGGAGUUUGGGAUGAUGUUCCCAGUGUUGGGUCCUCGCAGUGAAUGUAGUGGGGCCUCCUCUCCAGAAUGCGAGGUAGAACGAGGGGACAGGGCAGAAGGGGCAGAGAAUAAAACAAGUGACAAAGCCAACAACAAUCGGGGUCUCAGCAGCAGUGGUGGUGGUAAGAACCAAAGCCGCCUGGCCACUGAGGGCCCUGCCAUGGAGACCCGGAUGAAGCAGCUCUCCCUCCAGUGCUCCAAGGGAAGAGACGGAAUCAUUGCCAACAUAAAAAUGGUGCAGAUUGGUUGA